AUGGCUAAAUCCUCUACCUUCCCCAUGUCCAGUCUCCUCCUCCUCACAACCCUCUUGUCCUCUCUCUCCGUUUCACACCAACAACCCCUCCUCAACUCGGCCGAGCAGGACUCUCUAUUUCAGGUCCUCAACUCCAUCAACUCAGCUAUCCCUUGGCGCACUCUCUUCCCUGACGACCUCUGCCUCUCCGCCCCACACGGCAUCGUUUGCGAGUACUUCACCGAAGAACAACCACCACUCACACAAAACGGUUCCGUUUCAACCCAGCCUCCUCUCGAAACGGCUCACAUUUCUGAACUCAGUUUCGGGUUUGUCUCCGACUACACACCCAACCCACCUUGCUCUCCUAAUUCCACUAUUAACCCUCUUAUCUUCACUUCUUUUAAGUACCUACGCAGGCUGUUCUUUUACAAAUGUUUCACCGAGAUGCCAGUUUCGUUGCCUGAUGUUUCUUCUUCGAGCUUUGGAGCUAACCUUGAAGAGCUGGUGUUUAUUGAGAACCCAGCUUUGGUUGGGUCUCUUAGCGGCAUAAUUGGUAAUUUUACUAAUUUAAGGAGGUUAAUUUUGACUGGAAAUGGCAUUUAUGGCAAUGUCCCAGAUGGGGUUGGUGCUUUUGCUAAUAUGGAAGAGAUUACAGUCUCAAGGAACCAGUUAACUGGAGGGGUUCCUUUCAGUCUAGCCAAGUUGAAAAAACUGAGAGUUCUUGAUUUGAGUCAAAACUAUCUUGACGGUUAUGUCCCUGUAUCUAUGGGUAAUUUAAGUCAGCUUUUGAAACUUGAUUUGAGUUAUAAUGGGCUUUCUGGUAAAAUCCCGGAGAGUUUGGUUAAUUUACAGAGUUUGGAGUUUUUAGACCUGAGUUUUAACCGCUUCGGUAACUUUGGAGUGCCUUUGUUUUUGGGUGACAUGCCCAGAUUGAAGGAAGUAUAUAUGAGUGGAAAUUUGUUAGGAGGGCACAUACCGGAAAUAUGGGAGAAACUUGGGGGUAUUUCGGGAAUAGGAUUUUCUAACAUGGGUUUGGUUGGGAAUAUUCCAGCUUCCAUGGGGGUAUAUUUGAGGAAGUUGUGUUAUUUAGGGCUUGAUAACAACAAGCUUGAAGGGACUGUGCCUGAAGAGUUGGGGUUCUUGGAAUGUGGUUAUGAGAUCAAUUUGGAGAACAACAAUUUGAGUGGUAAAAUCCCAGCUAAUUUUACUGCCAAGGUUGGUGAAAAGUUGAAGUUGAAGGGCAACUCAAGGCUGUGUGUUGAUUUGUCAGGCUUUGGUAAAUUUGAGGGCAGUUUGGGUAAACUGAAGCUGUGCAACAAGUCAGUUCUUUACACUCCUGUCCUUCUGAGAGAGGGUUCUCUUGAUUCCUCAUCGUCAUCAUCUCAAAUGCAGGCUCCCAUUCCUGCAAUGUGGGCACUAGCUCCUCCCCUGCAGCAUACCCAAUGA